AUGAACGACUUAAAUUAUAACGCAGGAAUGAGUUCCUACCAAUUCGUUAAUUCCCUUGCAUCAUGCUAUGGGAAUCAGGGACCAGGACGUACGGGGACACCUGUGGAACAAUCUGGUCAUCCAGGAUUGCCGACUCCCGGUGCAGACUAUUACAAUCCGAACGCUACAGCGUCAUAUCCAAAUACUUGUUACUCUCCGCCACAAGUCGGCCACCAUUAUCCUCAACAUCCAUAUGCGACGCCAGCAGCCGGAGCUCACAUGCAACCUCAAGCUAUGAUCGAUUACACACAAUUACACCCACAAAGACUGGGAAGUGCAGCCAGUCAUAUGCAUCAACAUUCGAACCCAAGCCCCGGGGCUCUAUCACCGAAUAUUAUGUCAACACCACCCAGCCAAGCGACAAGUGCGAGUUGCAAAUUUGCUGACUCGACUUCUACAACCGGGGUUGCGUCACCACAAGACCUGUCUACGUCCUCUGGUCCUGGUCGAACGUCACCGGGUUUUGGGAGCGUGGGUCAAAAUUCUGGCGGAACGACCAGCACCAAACUCGGUCUUACUACACCCAUCGCUUCUCCUGUGGAACACAAAGCGAAUAUAAACCAAAAUAUCUCAAGCCCCGCUUCAAGUACAUCUAGCAAUGAGAGUAACGAAGCAAAUAACUCUAGUUCAAGUAAUACGAAGAAUGCGAAGACUGCCUCUAACGCACAAGCGAAUCCUCCGCAAAUUUACCCGUGGAUGAAACGCGUUCAUCUUGGACAAAGUACAGUAAACGCGAACGGUGAAACAAAACGUCAGAGGACAUCAUACACUCGAUAUCAAACAUUGGAACUGGAGAAAGAAUUCCAUUUUAACCGAUAUCUGACACGGAGGAGACGGAUCGAGAUAGCCCACGCGCUCUGCCUCACCGAGCGCCAGAUCAAAAUCUGGUUCCAGAACCGGCGCAUGAAGUGGAAGAAGGAGCACAAGAUGGCCUCCAUGAACAUCGUGCCAUACCAUAUGAAUCCGUACGGUCAUCCUUAUCAAUUCGAUCUUCACCCGAGCCAAUUCGCGCACCUGUCAGCAUAGGAUCAGUGGAAUUUUUCGAAUAGUGGAUAACUGAUUUAUUAAAUGAAAAUUAGUCGCCCGUGUGAUGAACGGAGUUGUGUGUAAUAUCGUCAUUGAGAUAUGAGGUGUUACAGCAACUAGACUAGAUCAGUUAUUCGCUGCUCGAAAAAUUAUUAAAAAUAUAGACUAAUUUGUUGAAAGUUGUUGUUGUGACAUUCAGUGACGUUUUAAAAUAAAAGUGCUUCUGCAGUAACACGUGCCAGGGAGAGUUCAGGAGACGAUCGAGACCAAACAGGACAAUCGACUAUCUUCUUCUUAAAUUAUAUUAAUUUAACCAUCCAUUUCCUAAAAGUGGAUAAUAUGUAGCUACGUUUAUUGUUAACUUAAAAUCAACAUGUUUAUGUCGAGUUGUUGAUUUAGAAAGAAUUUUGCCUAGUCAUAAGCUAUAAUUUGAUCUGCAUAAUAUUCCUAAAAUUGUAAGAUAAAAACGAAUAAUAAAUGAUAGUGUAAAUUGUGAUGGCUAGUUAGAUAUAAGCUAAGGCAUGUUUGUUAGAUUCAAACUUAAAAAAAUCACCUAUAAAAUAUGUAAUGGCAAACAUAUUAUAAAAUAACAUAUACAAAUUUUAUGAGUAUGGAAUAGCCGUCACCCCAAAAUAACAAAUUCGGAAAUGUACAGGGAUAAGGUAAAAUUUGGCAAAAACGAAAAAAAUAUAAUGUUGAAUAACGCAUGAUUUUUACUUAAAACAUUUCACUAAAGUAACUUCUAAGGAGUAAAAUAAUUUUAUAGAUUAGCGAGGGCUUGUAAAAACGCUGUGAACUUUCAAUAACAGGAUUUGAGCUCAGUUAAUAUCUGUGAAUAGGUAGCUAUUUGUUCUUAACUUGUAAAUAUUGAAACUCACUAGGUAUCUGAAAAAGUUUAAUAUAUUCAUUAUAGUAUCAACUUUUUCGAUGAACUGUUUUAUGUUCCUGUUCUUAGUUGUAAAUAACAAAUAAUACGAAUAUAAAAACAAAAACGUGUUGAAUAGAAUUAUUAUUUAGAUUAUCAUUAAAUAGGUUUUAAUGUCCACCAACGAUACCAAUUUAAUAAUUCAUAUGCCUAUUGUGUACUUUAAAAUCUUUAAUGUCGUAUUUGUAAAAUGUACUUAAAUUGUAGUUAGUGUGUAAAGAUUUUUAAUUUCUUCUUUUAAAAAUAUUGUAACGUUAUUUCUAUAAUUUCCUUGUCACGUCCAUUAAAAAUUUUCGAGCAUUGCUUAAAGUUCUGUUACUUUUCUAUGAAUUUCGUAUUCAGCUGUGAUAUUUUGUUAUUCAUAAGUGAAACAAGCUUGUGUUUCAUGUUUCACAACUGCGUAUUGUAUUGCGUUCUGGAAUUUUGUUUGACUUUCGUUCUUAAUCUGGUUAAUUUGUUGCUUUAUUUAUUGUUUGUAAAUAGUAAAUAGUAUAACUCGAUUUAUGUUGUAUUCGAAUUUUUAACAAAAACACAGUCGUUGUUUCUCUUAAAUUUUUUCAACUCUGUAACUUUAUAUAUUGUAUUGUGCAAUAGGACGCGGCUUAUUAUUUGAACUAUCUCUUUUAUUUCCUAUUUUUGUAAAAUAUUGUUUAUUUACUUGUGUUAUUUCUUUGUAAUUAAUAAAUAUAAAUAUCUUUA